CGAGAAAUGGCGGGAGUCCACAUCACUCUCUUUACCUGUGCGAGACGAUAAAACCAUAUUAUCAUUGUUUAUUCAGUGAAUAAACAAUGCCAUUUGCCAUUCAUUAUAAAGUAUUGCAAUUUGAGUGUAAACAAAAAUUAAUAAAAUCGGCACUUUGCCUUUUAGACUAGGCCAAUUUACAAUCUAGGUAACCUACAAUGGUCUAAAGAUCACCAACAUUAAAUUUAUAAAUAAACCUUCAAUUCAAUGUUAAAUCAGUGAAGAGGAAGACAGCAAUUUGAAAUGUCCACCUUGAAGAAGAUUCUCUUGCGAAAUGCACCAACUCUGCUUAGAGGUGCAACUUCAACAGCUGUUCAACCGAAUCCUGAUGUAUCCGGGGGGUACAACUUCGCUUUGGAUGACACCCAGCGCGAGGUGCAAGCGUUGGCACGUAAAUUCGCGAGGGAGGACGUGCUACCGGUUGCAAGUCACUACGACAAGACGGGCGAGUAUCCGUGGCCGCUCGUGAAAAAAGCGUGGUCCCUUGGUCUGUCCAACUCUCACAUACCGACACAGUACGGCGGUAUGGGCCAGUCGACCUUUAACGGUUGCUUAAUCACCGAGGAAAUUGCCUAUGCGUGCACCGGUGUCGGAGCUGGGAUCGAAGCAUCGAGUCUCGGGCAAAAGCCGGUACUGCUGGCGGGCACUGAGGAGCAGAAGCGGAAAUAUCUGGGACGACUGACUGAGGAACCUUUAGUGGUGUCGUAUGCAGUCACCGAAUCGGGCGCCGGCUCUGACGUGAACGGUCUCAAGACCAAAGCCGUAAAAAAGGGAGACGAAUGGAUUUUAAAUGGUCAAAAAAUGUGGAUUACCGGCGCCGGUGUCGCCAACUGGUACUUCGUCUUGGCACGCACGGAUCCGGACCCGAAAACGCCCGCGAACAGGGCGUUCACCGGGUUCAUAGUCGAGCGCGAGUGGGACGGUGUCACGCCUGGUCGUAAGGAGAUUAACAUGGGACAGAGGGCGUCGGACACGCGUGGGAUAACGUUCGAAGAUGUUCGCGUGCCGAAGGAAAACGUGCUGUUGGGUGAGGGUGAAGGAUUUAAAAUUGCGAUGGGCGCUUUCGACAAGACGCGUCCGCCGAUUGCAGCCGCAGCCACUGGGUUGGCGCACCGUGCACUGGACGAGGCAUCGAAGUACGCUCUGGAACGCAAAACAUUCGGCGUACCAAUCGCGAGCCAUCAAGCGAUAGCGUUUAUGUUGGCCGAUAUGGCUAUCGGCGUCGAGACGUCGCGACUCUUAUGGCAGAAAGCGGCGUGGGUUGCCGAUCUGGGUCAGCGUAACUCGUACGAAGCGGCCAUUGCCAAAAGUUACGCAAGCGACGUUGCGAAUAAGAACGCCAGCGAUGCCGUACAGAUAUUUGGAGGGAACGGUUUCAAUACCGAGUAUCCUGUCGAGAAAUUGAUGCGGGAUGCGAAAAUAUACCAGAUUUACGAGGGCACCUCCCAAAUCCAGCGUAUUAUCAUAUCUCGACACAUCAUCGAUCUAGCUAAACGCUCAAAUUAGAGCAGCUCUUUAAACGUAUUUUUACCGAACGUAUAUUAAUAAAUUAUGUGUUUUUUAUAUAGGAA